AGAGAGAGAGAGAGAGAGAGAGAGAGAGAGAGAGAGAGAGAGAGAGAGAGAGAGAGAGAGAGAGAACAUGGAGUGUGUGUCAUAUGAAUGUGAUUCAUGAUAAGGAGAACGAGUUAAAAUACUGUUGUGUCAGUUCUGGACGUAAGAAAACUUUGUCCCACUUGUUGGUGAAUCCACAGUCUAUCUGGUCAACACUCUUACUAACGUAGUUUUCAUUGUCUUUUUCUUAGCUUUCUACUUUUUUUUCUUUCUUGUCAAUUCAUAGGUUUCUAUUUACAUUCUUCAACGUGAAUUAAUUUUCAUGACGACUUUUUAAUUUUUUUUUUUUUUGUAAAUAACGACUUUUUAAUUUUGCGACCGUAAUUUAUCUCUUUAAGUUCGAAAAAGGGCAAUCGUUCCUUUCCAAACAUGACAAUAUAGAUUUGGUUUCGUUAUGAUAUUAUUUUGAUACUGAACAUCGUCUCCCCCAGUGUUUUUUUGCUAAACAUAGUUGCUAUUGUUUUUAACUUACGCAUGGGUAAAGAUAACGCCAAAGCGACAAAAUGAAGGAAACAGUCAAACAGUAGAAAGUAGGACCAUGUUUUUAUUGAGAAACAUUUGUGUGAUUUGAUUUACAUUUUCAUUAUGCACGUUUUUGACAUCUGAUUUGAUCUAACAAAGCCCCUACCUAGCUAGACUUCCUUUGCAUUCGAAUACAGUUUUUACUAGUAUUUAUUCUCCUUAAUUACCUAAAAUAUAUGUAGGUUUUCGUAUACUCCAUUGCAAUGCAGUAACUUAAAUAUUACAAUCAUGAGACAGAGUUAAAACUUUGAAGCAAAGGAUCAUAUCAACUUGACUGUCAAAAACUCUGUUCCUGACUUUGAUAUGUUACGUAUUCCUUUGUUGCAAAUUAAUUUGUAGGGGGGUAAAUAAUGAGAUUUUAUCUUAGCAAAAAAAUAAUAAUGAGAUUUUAUCAUUAUGUUUGGACAUCUAAAAACAGUUAUAGCGAUUUAACAUAUAUGGUUAUUCACUUAUUUGUUUGGACAAUAUUUCUACAGUUUUAACAUACGGAUCUUAAUAGUUUAAAAACAUUUCCAAGGCAAGUCUCUUGUGUGAGUAUUAAUAAAUUGAAUGAAAAUUAACAAUAUUGUAGAUGGCAAUUUCAGAUAAAAUUUACUCAAAUAUAUCUUAAAUGAAAAAAUUAGAAUAAUUAUCUCAAUUAAACUAAAUUUCCUACAUUUUAUAAUUACAAUAAAAGUAACUAUAUAUAUAUCACUAUCAUUUGGUUGAAAAGGAGAUUAGGUUCUGUAAUAAUUAUAUUGACGUACUAACGUUUUUAAUCCCCGGGAUUAAAGUGAAGUAUCACCUCACGUGGAUAAAGACUAACUUCCACACUUUCCGCAGGUAAACCUUAUACCACAUUCUACUCUAAACACUAAAAGCAUGACCUACUUUACUUUCACAUUGGGCAAUGUGAAGCUUCGACAUUACUCAUCACCAUAUUAGCCCAUUGUUUAACAAUUCUUCGCAUCUAUAAAAGAUCCAGAUGAAGAAACAAAAGCAUUAUAGAUUUUAUGAAAUCAAUAAGAAACGCACACAACAAAAUAUUGGUCAACAAUCUAACGAGAGCGUUUUGUGAAUGUUAUCCUAAACUCAUACAUCACACCAUCACAACAGGUAAGUGAAACCAAUAUUUUUUCAAAUGUUAACAUUUAAGCGUCCGUACGAGAGAUAGUUAAAGAAAGAGACACGUCUUAGAGCAUAUGCAACGGAGGCACGUUGGGAGUCCUUAGCAGCUAAACCGAUGGAUUAUGCAAUUUUAUAAUAAUAUUUUGGUUAAGAUAACUAAGGAUGAGUCCGUAGAUAAGGAGCUUAAGGAGUUGAUCCUUGUGCACGUGGCGGAGGGUGAUAGGGCUGGCUCGCAUAUGUGUUUCGUUUUGGAAAAAAAAAAUUCAUUCAACCGAAGGCGGAGAAAAAAAAAACAAAGCUCUCGACGAAAAGGCGAUAUCUUCGAUCGUGUUCUUCCACGAAGAUCCAAGGGAUCUUCGUAUGGAGCUGAGGAAUGACCAGAAAUGGUGCUCAACCCAUGUUUCUAAAGACGGUGGGAAAGACAAGCGAAAACAUGUUGUGGACGUUGAUAGAGAAGAUGAAGUUGGAGAACCUGAGGCUAGACCAAUGGGUGUCAAAGCUGCUAAAGCUGCUGGGAAGAGGAAGAAGAAUGGCAAGGAAGAAGAGAUGUCACAGCUACAGGCCAUAUUAGAGAAGAAGGAUAAACUUCAAAAGCAGAAAAUUCUGGAUCGUUUACUUGCCAAGAAAGAUCCUCUCUCUGAGAUGGAGUCAUCUCUAAAACUGAAACUUAUGGCUGAGAUGUUAGGAUGAUAGUAAGGUUUUAAUGUGUGUAUUGGGUAGUUGCUUUAGUUACAUGUGCGUAUUGCUUUUGUUACAUGUGCGGUCUGCUUUUGUGCGUUGUCCUUUUCUGCUUUAUACUAACUCUCAUCAUUUGUGUUGUUUCAGGUUCAGCAGUAACUCAAAAGGACGAAGUCACGGAGUUGUGAAAGUUGUAGUACCGCAUGUGAGCCAAGUCACGGGUUCUUGUGUUUCAGUUUAAGUAUCUCUCUUUGCUUCUUUAGAUAGUUAUCUCUUUUGCUUUGUUUCUCUGAACUCGAAGUUGUUUCCUUUUCUUCUCUUUUGCUGCUACUAUAAAAUCUUGUUGUACUCUGGUGGCUACAACUCUCGUUGCCACAACUGUAAUCUCGAACAAGUUGUAAUAUCGGUCUGAUUAACUGCUUUCACUAUUAGGUAACUGCAUUAUUAUUCCUUUUUAUGAUUCUCUUAUAUUACAUAAAACUUGUAUCAAACUUGUAUCAAAACUUGUAGUACAACUUGUAUUAAAACUCGUAUCAAAACAUGUAUCAGAACUUAUAGUAUUAAACUUGUAGUAAAAUUUGUAUUAAACUUCUGUCAAAUUUGUAUUAAACUUCUGUCAAAAACUUCUACUAAAAUUUGUUUAUAAAAACUUGUAUCAAAACUUAUAGUACAACUUGUAUCAAAAGUUCUAUCAAAACGUGUAUUCAAACUUAUAAUUUCAACCAUUGUUUUAACUUGUGUGAAAUUAUUUGAACAAGGUAAAAUUAAAGCUCCUAGAUAAUUUGAACUAAUAUAUUGUACAUUAAUUGAACGUGAGAUUGGACGAAAUGUAUACAAUAUUUUUAAUAUAUUAAAAAUGUAUACAAUAUUUUUAUUUCAACUAAUAUAUUAAAAAUGUAUACAAUAUUUUUAUUUUUGAAACAGGAUACAUAGAAAUGUCUUCAUCUUCAUCUUCUGAAUUCGAAGAGAGAUUGGACGAAGUUUUCGAUGAAAUAUUCGAAGAUACUUUCAACAACAUAGUGGAGGCCCAAUCCAUACCGCAAAGAACACGUGCUUAUGUUGAACGAAACCGCGAAGGAGGACACGACCGCUUAUGGAAUGACUACUUCAGCGAAGAUUGUACAUUCGCCCCACAUUUAUUCAGACGCCGUUUUCGCAUGAAUAAGGAUUUAUUCUUGCGUAUUGUCCAUGGCCUAUCAGAGUGGUUUCCAUUCUUUCAGCAAAGAAGAGAUGCAACCGGGAGGUUGGGUCUUUCUUCUUUACAAAAAUGUACGGCAGCAAUUCGUAUGCUUGCUUAUGGUUCUGCGGCCGACACGGUUGACGAGUAUCUCCGACUUGGUGAGAGCACUGCACUUUCUUGUUUACAUAAUUUCACUGACGGAAUAAUACACUUAUUUGGAGAAGAGUAUCUACGACGACCCACACCGGAGGAUCUUCAACGACUACUCGAUAUUGGAGAGAAACGAGGGUUUCCUGGGAUGGUCGGGAGCAUUGACUGUAUGCAUUGGGAGUGGAAAAAUUGCCCAACCGCUUGGAAAGGACAGUACGCACGUGGAUCAUCAAAACCGACUAUUGUCCUAGAGGCUGUAGCUUCACAAGAUCUUUGGAUUUGGCACGCCUUUUUUGGUCCUCCAGGUACAUUAAAUGAUAUUAAUGUCCUCGAUCGGUCUCCUGUAUUUGAUGAUAUUUUAGAAGGUCGAGCUCCCAGGUUAAGGUAUGUGGUCAACGGACACAUGUAUAAGUUGGCAUACUACCUCACAGACGGUAUAUAUCCCAAAUGGUCAACAUUUAUCCAAUCUAUCCCACUCCCUCAAUCUCCGAAACAAGAGUUAUUUGCUAAAGUGCAAGAAGCAGCCCGAAAAGAUGUGGAGCGGGCUUUUGGAGUAUUGCAAGCUCGGUUUGCGAUUGUGAGAAACCCGGUUCGUACCUUGGACAAAGAAAAGAUAGGGAAGAUUAUGAGAGCAUGUAUCAUACUACACAAUAUGAUAGUUGAAAAUGAACGAGAUGGUUACAUCCGGUACGAUGCAGACGAAUUUGAAGAAGGAGACGUCACCAGAAGUUCAGAGGUCGAAACCGAGAGGCCUACAAAUAUGAAUAAUUUGUUUCCCAAUCGGAAUGAUCUUCGUGAUAGGCAUAUGCAUGAACGAUUGAAGAAUGAUUUAAUCGAAAAUAUUUGGAACAAAUUUGGUGAUGAAGAUUAAUAAUUUGUGUAUCUUUUCCUUUCAUCAUUGUAUCUUUAUUUUUAGUUAUAAAAUUAAUAAAAUUUCAAUUUCAAUUUAAUUUUUUUUUUUUUUUGGCUAAGGACUCCAUCUUCAG